AUGGCAGCAGAUAGAUAUUCGUUUUCACUGACAACAUUUUCCCCCAGUGGAAAGCUCGGACAAAUCGAAUACGCCCUUGCGGCUGUCAACCAGGGAGUCACCUCUCUCGGUAUUAAAGCAUCCAACGGCAUUGUGCUCGCUACCGAAAAGAAAAGCGCUUCGUCUCUAGUCAACUCAGACUCGCACUCGAAAAUCGAGCUCAUCACACCCGACAUCGGAAUGGUGUACGCUGGCAUGGGUCCCGACUUCCGAGUGCUGGUCGACAAAGCCAGAAAGGUCGCCCAGACCUCUUACAAACGAGUUUAUAACGAGUACCCCCCCACUCGAAUGCUGGUUCAGGAGAUUGCCAAGAUCGUGCAGGAGGCCACUCAGUCUGGAGGAGUGCGGCCCUACGGAGUGUCACUUCUUGUGGCAGGUCAUGAUGAGCACAACGGCUUCACUCUGUACCAGGUUGAUCCCUCAGGGUCGUAUUUCCCCUGGAAGGCCACUGCCAUCGGCAAAGGCUCUACUUCUGCCAAGACUUUCCUGGAGAAGCGAUGGAACGAGGAGUUGGAGCUGGAGGAUGCCAUCCACAUUGCUCUGCUAACUCUCAAAGAGUCUAUUGAGGGCGAGAUGAACGGUGACACUGUGGAGAUUUCCAUCGUCUCCAACCCCGCUGACCAUCUGCUUGGAUUCGAGGGUGUGGCUGGUGCCGUCGGACCUCGUUACAGAAAGUUGACUCCUCAGGAGAUUGAGGACCGUUUGGAUACUUUGUAG